UCCAAACAAACUAAUUUGCUAGAUUCCCGUACCUUGAGCGAACCAUGCACCAUCUGAGAGUAUACUUUCUUCUUGGUUUUAUCCAGUAAUAACAACAACAGUGACCGUUUUUCUUAAUCUGGUUGUGCUAAUGCAUUUUACUACAAUUUUCUUAAAAAGCAAAAAGAAUAUUAGUCAUCUAACCAGUAGUUCUUUAACCUUAGUGUUGUAUCUAUGUUUGCAGAACUUCAAAUGCACCCAAAAUAGUUCAAAAUGGAAUUACAAUAUCUAAGACAUACUUUUGUAUGCAUAAACAGGCGGGAGCAUGCCAAUGUGUAUGCGGCUGGAACAUACGACUUACCUGCUUCUUCCGGAACCUCCCAGAGCCUCUCGGGUAGCAGCAAUAACACCAGUGAUACCUCGUCUUCAUUGUUCAGGGAUUCGUGUAGCACAGGCAGCAGAUUUGAUGUCGCACUGCUAGAUAAUCUUUCUCUGGAAAACACCACUUCCAUGUUGCAUGACACUAGGUUCAGUGCUGUCUUCGAUCACGAGUCACUCAGCACUUUUAAGGGGGGAACAGCUAGCGAUCUGAAUGUGGCUGGCCAAUCACAAGAAUUCCACCAGGCAUUUCACACCAAAUGUGUCGAGAUGGGUAUCGAAUCAGUUCUCAGAUUAGAUUGCAAGAAUUUUCAAAAGAAACAAUGGUUGCCCAUCUAUAGAUGGCAUCGGGUGCUGUUGUUUACAAUCAGGGUUCUUGAUGCAAUACUUACGGAAUCCAAGCAGAAUCAUAUUUCAGAGGCAGUCAAGGAACCCAUUCGUCUCCUUCUCAGUCUUGCUUCCAAAGUUGCUAAGGUGAAGAAAUCACCUGAGAAGCUCUUUUGCAUAUUAAACAUGCACAGAGCACUGUUUGACGCCACCCCAAUCCUCACAAGAGUGUUUGGUGCAGAAUUUGUGAAGAUAGAGGUCGGGGGAGUAGUUGCAGCAUUGAAGGACUCUGCAAAGGGAAUGCUUCUUGAGCUGAAAAUCUUGGUUCAGACUUACAGACCACAGCACGAACUAACGCAAGGCAGCGUUCUAACAAUAACUGAAUUCCUGAUGAAAUACAUCAAGUUACUGGUAAAUCACACUGGAAACCUUGAUCCCAUUCUAUGUCAAGGCCAGGCUGAUGAUCUGUUGAACAUUGAGGGCGUGAAUCUGACAGGUCGUCUAGUAUCCGGGGUCAUCGCUGAUCUGGAAUCAGUGGUUCAGGAAUGUAGCUCAUAUGUAUCUGAAGGACUGAAGUUUCUAUUUCUGGUGAACAACACAGAUUUUGUAUUGCGACAAGUUGAAGAAUCGGAUGUGCGCCUGAUGGUAGGAGCCCAGUGGAUCAAUAAGCGUCACAACAAAGUAAAACAGUACAUGAGGGAUUACCUAUCCUCAUCAUGGAAACAGGUAGUCCAUCCUCUGGAGACUGCAACUACCAGUUCCCAAAAGAGGCUCAAGAACAGCUUCCUCAAGAUCUUCUACCCCACGCCCAGUCCCCUACGGAAUUUUGAGUCGGUUCUCAACAAAGUAUGCAAAUCCCAGCUGCACUGGAAGGUGUGUAGCCCAGUUCUUCGCGUCGAGCUUCGCACAAAUGUCAUAGAGUAUGUUGUCCAAGCAUACCGAGCAUACCGGGACAGCCUGCAAGAGUCUGUGAGAGGUGAUCUUGAGGACUUGGAGCUGAACCUGAAGAGCAAACUCAGUGACUUGUUUGAAGGUUAAAUAAUUACUAGUACCUUGGAUAAACAAAAUGUUGAAUGUAGAUGCCACUAGUCUGCACUAUGGAGGUUCCUUAAGCAUUUGUUUGGUGGAAUUUCUCUAAAGAGACAAAUAGAGAAUUUUUAACUUGAGAUAAAGAAAGAUUUUUUUUUUAACUUUCACCGAGUUCAUUAUGCAUGCUACUUUGUCCAAAAUUCCUAAUGAAGAACUAGGAAGUGAACUAGAACCUAAAGGUGUCGCCUACAUAUAAGGUCCCGUUUGGGAGGGCUCCGCCAACAGCUCCAACCCGAACCGCACCACACGGUCACGCAGGAGAGCCGGCGGAGCCCUUUUGUGCGGUGCUCUGGCGGAGCCACAAAACGUGGCUUUGCCUGCUCCAGCUCCGGCUCCGCCCUCCUAGGCAACCCUCCAAACGGGCCUAAGAACACAAGCGAUCUGCCAAUAGUUGUAUCCAUACCCAUACAUUAGUUUCCUGAGGACUAAUGCCUCAUUUUAUCAAGCAUGAAGUGUAUGGAAUAAUCCGUACAUGAUGUACAUUUUGCAACAGGCAUGGUACCCAUGCCUGAAAUGUACAUUUUGCACUAGUCAUGCCUCAGCUGUGGCCUGUGGGGUUGCUGUUUUCAGAUUUUGCCGGAUAAUGGUACCAGCAAGCAUAUAACAGAAAGUAUGUAUACAUGAUAUUUUGUGCUUUUGAACUCUUGCAAUGUUCAGUGUUCAUUGGGGAAUCAAAUUGUUUAUGCUAGUACUUCGUUUGCUAUCUGACGUUCCAUUCAUAUUUUCUGAAUCGACCAAUGGAAGCCUCAACACUGAACUCUUGUUAUAAAUGAACCGAUCAUCCCGUUCAGGAAAGGUAAAUCCGCGGCAUCAGCCGGACAGCCGCCAGCGGCCAGCCGGACAUGGAUGAGCGGACGGAGAAGCAGAUACAAUCGCUUGGGAGUUUUCUGAAAAUAUUUAGAUCGUGAUCCAUUGCAGGGGCCUUUCUGAAAAAUAUUAUUGCCGGCGGCCGACACCGGACGUCGAUGGCGCAUGCCGGAGCCAUUGAGAGGGUCGUCUCUCUCGCCUCUGCGGUGCUGUACCGCUCCGCUCCGCCGUUCGUUGGACUUAUGUCGUCGUCCAGAUCAGGAAGCGAAGAGCUGGCUACCGACCCUGAUGGUUGCCGUGCCGUCGGCGAUGACGGUGGUCUUCUCCAGGAUCCGGUUCCGCCAGCGCCUCGACGACGGGCUCCGGCACUGGAACGGCGGGACCUGCUGCCGGAGUGGAGUGGGGAUCCCUCAGUACUUCAAUUGAUUUCUUUAUUUCUCACAUCACAGAUGGCUGCCGGGAGGGGCAUCAUCAGCUAGCUCUUGAAGAAAGCACUUCGUCGUCACCCAUCUGCAAGCGUCGAUUCUGAUAGAGAAAGCAGCUACCCUGAAGAAAAUACUGAACAAGACUUGGCUGCUAUUUAUCCAAUGCCUGCUAUAACAUUAAGCCAGUUAUUUUACUGUACACGCUGUUGUUUUUAUAGCUUUCUUCCAAUUAAACUACCAAUCAGCUAUCUUAGUCUUACUAGGAUUAUCAACCAUCCUGCUGGGGCAUUUAUUUUUAUCUGCUAAUAUUUCUCUCCCUCAAAUUCCCUUGAAAUAACAUACGGGUAGAAUAAGGCGUACACAUCAAGGUUAUCAACAAGUGCAGUUUAUGAAAUGAUCCAUCAAGUAGUCAGCUCCUAGUUAUCUGUUGUGGAGAGCUCAGAUGUGUGCUUUUGGAGAACAGAAAGUGAAUUGGUCCCGUGAUGUACGAGAACGAUGUUGUCCUGGACUCUGAGGGUAGUAAUGCACUAAUGUAUGGUGGC